AUGUCUACGGCCACAGGAACUGUAGGACUUCCACCACCAGCGAAAGGCCAAGCAUAUUGCACAGUUUCUGUCCUAGAAGCCGGAUACGUCGAUGUUCCCAUGGCACAGAUCGUCGACACAGCAAAAGAAAACGAGAUUGCGCGCUUCCCUUGUCUCGCGUUCCUGCUGCGCCAUUCUACGGAUGGAGAUACCUUCGUCUUCGACCUCGGCACACGCCGAGAUUGGGAAGAGGCAUUGCCGCCCGCAAUGGUGAAAGCCGUCAAACGAUGGUACCAUGUCGAGGUGCCGCAGGAUGCCAUCGAGUCCCUGCAGAAAGGCGGCUACAACCCCGCCCAGAUCUCGCACGUCUGCCUCUCGCACGUCCACUUCGACCACCAGGGCGACACCCGGCCCUUUACCAACGCCACCUUCAUCGCGGGCGAGGAAUCACGCGCCCUCCUGAGCCCGGGCUACCCCGCCGACCCCAACGGCAUGUUCCUCGGGUCCCUGCUCCCGCCGGAGCGCACGCGCUACGUGCCGCGCGCCGAGAUGCGCGCGGUCGGGCCGUUCCCGCACGCGCUCGACUUCUACGGCGACGGGAGCCUGUACGUCGUCGACACGCCGGGGCACCUGCCGGGGCACCUCGCCGUGCUCGCGCGCACGUCGGCGGACGGCGGGUGGGUGUUCCUCGCGGGCGACGCGGCGCACGACUGGCGGCUGAUCACCGGGGAGGCGCGCAUCGCGGACACGCCGCACUUUGGGUGCUCGCACCGGGACAAGAAGGCGGCGGCGGAGACGAUCGCGCGGAUACGGGCGCUGUCGCAGAUGCCGCGGGUGCGCGUGCUCAUUGCGCAUGACGUGCCGUGGUAUGAGGAGAACAAAGAUGGCGCUGCGUUCUUGCCUGGGAGUAUUGAGUCGCUGUGA